AUGGAGCAUCCAGAUACUGAAGUGAUUACUUUGUCCCACCAGACCAAGCAGAUCGAUAAUACCGAGAUUACUGAAGAUACUGAUGAUGAGGUAAAUGAUUCUCCAAUUGAGCAAGUCCGACUCACUGUCCCUAUUAGGGAUGAUCCAACACUGCCAUGCUUGACAUUCCGAACGUGGGCUUUGGGGAUAACCUCGUGCGUUGUUCUAGGAUUCUUGAAUCAGUUCUUCCAGUACCGCCAAAAUUCACUGCACAUAUCUUCAGUUUCAGCUCAAAUCCUUGUUCUUCCAGUCGGAAAGCUUAUGGCAGCAUAUCUACCCCGUAAAUCAAUUAGAAUACCUUCAACAAAAUGGUCAUUCUCAUUGAAUCCAGGACCCUUUAACUUAAAAGAGCAUGUCCUGAUUACUAUUUUUGCAAAUACUAGUUCUAUCAAUCUUUAUGCAGUGAAUAUUAUUACCCUAGUGAAGGCAUUUUAUCACGGCGAGAUACACCCUCUGGCUGCUAUGCUGCUAGCUCAAUCAACCCAGAUGCUUGGAUAUGGAUGGGCUGGAAUUUUCCGAAAGUUUCUUGUUGAUUCUCCUUAUAUGUGGUGGCCUAAUAACCUGAUUCAGGUGUCCCUCUUUAGAGCGUUGCAUAAUGUUGAGGUUAGGUCUAAAGGAGGCCUAACAAGGCUGCAGUUCUUCCUUGUGGUAUUCAUAUCAAGUUUCGCAUACUAUAUUGUUCCCAACUAUUUUUUCCCUUCUAUUACUGCUCUCUCCUUCGUUUGUUGGGUAUGGAAGGACUCCGUCACAGCCCAAAUAAUUGGUGCAGGUCGCGGUGGUCUUGGCAUUGGAUCAUUUGCCCUGGAUUGGUCAACUGUAGCUAGCUUUUUACAAUCACCCUUAGCCACCCCAGCAUUUGCUAUAAUUAACAUCAUGGUCGGGUUCGUCAUAGUAGUUUAUAUAUUACUCCCUAUAGCUUACUGGAGUAACUCCUAUGAAGCCAGGAGAUUUCCCAUUAUCUCAUCGCAUGUGUUCACUGCUGAUGGGGAAAAAUAUGAUGUUUCAAGAGUUCUAAAUUAUACAGCCUUCGAAUUCAAUCAGCAAGGAUAUGAUGGCUAUAGCAAAAUAAACUUGAGUGUCUUCUUUGUAUAUUCUUAUGGUCUUAGCUUUGCAACACUGGCUGCUACAAUGUCUCAUGUCGUAUUUUUCGAUGGAAGGACAAUCUGGCAACAAGCGAUAUCAGCAUUCCAGGAUAAGUUUAGCGAUGUCCAUUAUAGAUUGAUGAAGAAAACUUACGAACCGGUCCCACAAUGGUGGUUUUACACACUCUUGACCAUUGUAAUUGGACUUGCCAUGCUUACUUGUGAAGGCUUUGGCAGACAGUUGCAACUCCCUUACUGGGGAGUCCUUUUGGCAAUCGGCUUGGCUUUGAUCUUCACUCUCCCGAUCGGUGUGAUUAUGGCAACCACUAACCAGCAACUAGGACUAAAUGUUAUUACUGAGCUGAUUAUUGGUUACAUUUAUUCGGGAAAACCGCUUGCAAAUGUGGUUUUCAAGACCUAUGGUUAUAUAAGCACGGCGCAGGCAAUUCUGUUUCUCCAGGACUUCAAACUAGGCCAUUACAUGAAAAUUCCUCCAAAGUCAAUGUUUCUUGUUCAGUUGGUAGAAACUGUAAUUGCAUCCUCCGUCUAUUUUGGCACUGCUUGGUGGCUCCUCACAACAGUGAAGCAUAUCUGCGAUCCAUCUAACUUGCCAGAAGGAAGCCCAUGGACAUGUCCCGGAGAUGACAUAUUCUACAAUGCCUCCAUCAUUUGGGGUGUGGUUGGACCACUGCGGAUGUCUGGUCGUCUUGGGUUGUACUCUAAGAUGAACUACUUCUUCCUUAUUGGCAUCCUUGCACCAUUCCCUGUGUGGGUACUCUCUCACAUGUUUCCUGAGCAAAAGUGGAUUAAGCUCAUUAACAUGCCGUUAAUUAUAGGAGGCUCAGGGGCUUUGCCAGCAGCCAGGGUUGUGAAUUACUGGUGCUGGGGUGUUGUAGGCAUGUUCUUCAACUUUUUCGUCUAUAGGAGAUUCAAGGGCUGGUGGGCGCGGCACAACUACAUUCUGUCGGCUGGGUUAGAUUCUGGGGUAGCGUUCAUGGCCAUCCUUUGCUAUUUCACAUUACAAAUGAGGAGUAUUAAUGGACCUAGCUGGUGGGGUGCCCAGUUAGAUGAUCACUGCCCCCUGGCAAGUUGCCCUACUGCUCCUGGCAUUGAAGUUGAAGGUUGCCCAGUUUUCCAAUACUGACAAGUUGCUCCUUGCAUUGGGUUCUUGCGGCUGUAAGUGACAUAGUGAGUAGUUUAUAUUAAAUACUCUCUCCUACAAAAAGAACUAAACAUGGACCUUAAGUGUGGUCUGAUAUAUGAGAUAAUAAUGUAGGAGCAGAUACAUGUAGACCUUGUUAUCCAUGUUGCUUUCAACAUUAGUCCUUUCAAA